AUGGCCGACGGCCAGUCGUCGGAAAUGGAGGUUGCGCCUGUGCGCAGAAGUCGCCGCGUGGUCCCAGGUUUCCGAAACCUAGGCCCGGCUACGCGGUUUUCACGGCGUGAGGAGUCUGUCUCUCCCAGUUCGCGGGACUCUUCGCGUUCCAUGACGCCUGUGCCCCGUGGCACGGGGAUAGCCACCGCGAGAGCGGAAUUAAUAGCUGCUCGGAAGGAAGCCCGGGAGGAGGCGUUUAAUCAGCUCCUUAAAGAUCGAAUCGUCCGCAAAGAGGUUACGGAGCCUGUUUUAGACCCUGAUGAAGGGAUGGCUAGUGGGGCCUCAUGCCGUGAAGACCCAGCGGGACUCACGUCCGAGGAGUUGCGAGCCUCGGCUGGCCGGAGCGUUGCUGCUAUUAUGCAAAUGGCUUCGCGAUCCCACAACCUGAAGGGUACUUUUGUUCGCCGUUUUAAGGAGGCUGCAAGUGAGCUGCAGGAGAUUGUGGAGGCACUCGCGUCUCGGACUGAGGCCGACGAGACGCGUGGGUUACGUGCCGACAAUGCCCGGUUACGAACCGAAUUAGAAAGUGUCAAAGCCGAGUUGAAGGCUCACCGGCGCGAAUUUUCAGAGAUGCGAACUGCUGCUAAAGGUGCGGCGGCAAAAAACAUGGAGGCACCACCACUUGGUGUUGGUGCUGAUUUAAUUGAAGAGUUGAAGGCUUCCAUUGUAGCGUCGGUUGGGGUGAUGCUGGAUGCCCGUUUUGCGGGCAUUGAGGAGCGUCUUCUUCCCCAGAAGGUCAUCCGCCCCCCUCUGAGUUCGGAUAGCCGGAGAUCAGGCACCUCACAGACGCCGGCAUCAACUCAUCAUCAUCAUCAUGGUGCUGAAGCGUCGGUGGCGUCCCCUGGGGCUCCACCGGCGACUGCUGGCCCAAGUGGGGCAACACCGGUCGCUGAUAGCUGGGCCACUGUCGUAGGAAGAAAAGGAAAGAAGGCCUCCCGACAGGCGACAUCCACCGCUGCCACUCCAGCGGCCGCACCAAAAACCUCCCCGGCGGCUGCCACAAAAAAAGACGAGCGGAGUCUGGCUCCACAUAAAAACGCUGCAGUCAUUAUUACGGUGACGUCGGAUGCAUUAAAAAAGGGGGUGACCUAUGCUCAGGUCCUAGAAUUGGCUGAACAAAAAAUUAAUCUGCAAGACCUGGGCAUUGGCGCGGGGUUUAAAAUCCGACGAGCCGCCACGGGAGCUAGGCUUCUUGAGCUACCACAGGGGCAGACACAAGAACAGGCAGCAGCACUAGCCGUACGACUUCAAACGGCGUUAGAAGGGGUUGCAGAAGUCAAUCGUCCGACAAAAACUGUGACACUUAAGGUUACAGGCUUAGAUGACUCCGCUACGGCUGAGAAGAUUGCAACGGCGGUAGCUCAGGCUGGAGGCUGCCUUCAGACAGCAGUGAAAGUGAGCGAAGUGCAACCGGGCCUUAGAGGAGUGGGCUCGGCUAUAGUUUACUGCCCAGUGGACGCUGCUAAAAAGGUGUGUGAUUCUGGACGGCUUUUGGUUGGUUGGAGCUCUGCUGGUGUUCGUGCACUAGAGCAACGCCCCUUGCGCUGCUUUAGGUGCAUGAGCAUGGGGCACACGGGUCCCGUAUGCCCUUCAAAGAAGGACCGGAGCAGACUUUGCUUCCGGUGCGGUGGAGAUGGUCACAAGGCAGCGGGGUGCGUGGACACCAUGCGUUGCGCCGUCUGCGCUGAUGCAGGCUUGUCUUCAGGACACAUAAUGGGGAGCAACAAUUGUUGCCCCCCUUCUGUUAAAGGAGUGAACGGCAUCCAGUCACAGGCUAGUGAAAGACAGAGUCCAGCGCAGGAGGAUGCUAAUAUGUCGUCAUGA